AUGACUGAAGCUACUCGACUCUCCAAUGCAUUGGUCACAGCAGCCAAAACGCCUAUCACACUGCUCCAAGCUACAGCUAAUGAGCCACUGAUUACCGGACCACUGCUAUACAUUCUCACUCGUGGAUCAGCAGAUAUCCGCCAGCGUCUACUCAAUCUACCAUAUGUUAGGAAACUCCUUGAACGCAAUGGCGGCGAACGACUGGCAUUAGCCAUCAAAACUCUGAAGGUGCUCUUUGUUCUCGGCGUCAUCAAACGGCUGAAUCAAGGACUCAAUCGAAUUGCACUGAAUGGCUGGCAACUUCCAGGAACGAACAACCGGGCACGUUGGGGUUGGGACGGGAGAACAGAGACUGUGGUCAUCACUGGCGGCUGUUCAGGCUUCGGAUAUGAGAUGGUGAAAGGGUUCGCAGGAAAGGCAAAAGUCAUCGUGAUUGAUGUCUCUGAAUUACCUGCUGAGUUUGAGAACCUGCCCGAAGUACAUUACUACAAGUGCGAUCUGACCGACACUGAAGCCGUUGUCUCUACCUGUGCAUCAAUCAAGAACAGAUUCGGCCAUCCGACCGUGCUGAUCAACAAUGCCGGAAUAGGCUCCGGCAAAACCAUCCUCGACACCCCCCACACCUUCACCGACGCAAUCUUCAAAGUCAACCUAAGCAGCCAUUUCGUCCUCAUCAAAGAAUUCCUCCCCGGCAUGCUCGAAAAACGCAAAGGCCACAUCGUCGGCAUCGCAUCCAUGGCCUCCUUCGUCUCCGCGCCCGGUCUCGUCGACUACUGCGUCACGAAAGCCGGUGUGCUCGCAUUGCAUGAAGGUCUGCGAAACGAGCUAUUGAUGAGGUAUGAGAACGGGAGUUGUGUGGCGAGUACGACGGUGCAUCCGAGCUGGCAUGCCACGGGGAUCGUUAAGCCUUGGGAGAAUAAGUUGAAGGAGCAUGGGAUUAGGCCGGAUCCGCCGAAGAAUGUGGCGGAUGCGGUGGUUGAGCAGGUACUCGCACACAGAUCAGGCCGCAUCUACAUGCCUCGCAGUGCAGAGAGCCAAGCUGGAACAAGACAACUACCACUUUGGCUGCAGGACUGGUUCCUGGGCGUGGUCAGCAUCAAUCCGUUCGCUAAGAGUAAGGGCUUCCAGUUCGAUAAUGCUUGA